AUGUCGAACGAUGAUAAAAAAAGUUUGAUUCAUAAAGAAGAAGGUUAUUCCCGUUCAGAGGCACAUUCGAUUAUUUAUACAUGGACAAUUGAUCAAAUAUCUACGUUUAUUAAAUCUGCCAUCAGGAAUGAAGAAAAAGCAGAGGUUGAUAUAAAUUCUCCGAAAUUUUCAACUGGUGCGACGAUAAAAGAUUCGUGGUACUUAAAACUUAUAAUUAAAAGAGAUGAUGAUGGAUCAAAAAAUAAAUCAUGGGUAUCAAUUUAUCUAAACUCAAGCAAUGAAAAUCGAAAAGUUCGAACGAAGUAUUUAUUAUUUUUUCUAAAUAAGAAGAAGAAAAAAAUACUCAAUGACUUUCAAGUUUAUAAUCAAUCAUUGGAUCAUUAUGUGAGCUUCCUUUUUGACAGUUUAAAUCAUGGGUACGGUUAUCCCAAGUUUGUAAAAAUAGAUGAGUUGUUAAAAAAAAAAAAUGAAUUUUUACAAAAUGAUACUUUGACAGUUGGUGUCCAUCUGAUUGUCUAUGAUGAUUAUGUUGCGAUUAGUCAUCCGAUAAAUCCAUUGAAAGCGUCAAUACGAAAAUUAAGUGACGACUUUGAAGACCUUUUUAAAGCUAAGAAGAAAUGUGAUAUCAAAAUUAAAGUCGGUAAGAUAACAUAUGACGCUCAUAAGCUCGUUUUAAUCACACGUAGCUGCGUGUUUGAUGCCAUGUUUUCACAUAAUAUGGAAGAGAACAAGAAAAAUGAAAUAACCAUACCAGAUGUUGAUCCUGAAGUUUUCAAAAAAGUUCUUGAUUACAUUUACACAGACAAAGUCGACGAUCUAGACACUUUUGCUGAGAACUUAUUAGAAGUGUCCGAUAAGUAUCAACUUCUAACACUCAAAGAAAUCUGUGAAGAAUAUUUAUCAAAAACUUUAUCUGUUGAAAAUUCUAUCAGGAUACUGAUUCUAGCAGAUCGUCACAAUUCAAAAAGAUUGGUCGAAUUUGCUAAAAAUUACAUAGUUACCACGUUGGCUACUUUAAAAGACACUAAGGAGUAUAAAGCACUGGAAAAGUCCCAUCCAGCUUUACUUUUGGCUCUAUUGGAGGAACAGAAACAUUCUAUUGUUUACACUUGGGAGAUCAACGAAGUAACGUCACUUUUCAAUGCUGUUAAAAAUUCCAUAAUUCGGGAAAAAAUUUAUUCACCUAAUUUCUCAUCAGGUGCUAAAAUGAAUGAUUCGUGGUAUUUACAAGUAUGGAUAAGCAAAGAUUCUGAUUCAGCAAAAAGCAAAUCAUGGAUAUCACUAUAUUUAACAUCAAGCGUCGAUACGAAAGCUAGAACAAAAUUUGUGAUUUUUAUUCUGGCCGAUAAAAAAAAAAAAUAUGUAAUCCGCAUUACUACUGUUCUAACAACGCUUUUCGAAAACCGAUUCUUCGGAUCUUCAGCGAAUACUCUGGGUUAUGGAAAUUUCACCGAAAUAGAUGAACUGUUGAAGAAAAAAGAUGAAUUUUUACCAAAUGAUAUUUUAACGGUAGGCGUUGAACUGACUGUCUAUGAUGAUUAUGUUAAACAAAUCAUUUCAUUGAUAGUUUGUAAGCGGAAAUUGAGUGACGACUUCAAAAAUCUUUUGACUUCUGAGAAAAAUUCUGAUGUAGUUCUUUUAGUAGGCGAUAAGAGAUUUGAUGCUCACAAGUUCAUUUUGACCGCGAGUAGCUGCGUGUUUGAAGCUAUGUUUUCUUAUGAUAUGAAAGAAAAGAAAGAAAAUGAAGUGACUAUUAUAACAGACAUUGAUGGUGAAGUAUUUGAAAAACUUCUCGAGUAUAUUUACACUGAUGAUGUCGAAGAUUUAGACGUUUUCACUGAAGAAUUAUUGGAAGCGUCCGAAAAGUAUCAGCUUCAAGGACUCAAAGGAAUCUGUAAAGAAUUUUUAGCAAAAACUCUAUCUACUGAAAAUGCUAUAAGAAUACUAAUAUUGUCAGAUCGUCACAGUGCGAAGCAAUUGAAGGAAGUAGUUAUUAACUAUGUGGCCAACAAUUUUGACAAGUUUAAAAAUACUGAAGAGUUAAAAGAAUUAGAAGAGGCUCAGUUACCUCUAUUCGUCGCUGAUCUUAAAAAAUGUUCCAUUGAAAAAUAA